AUGUCAUCGGUAUCCACCACGGACCAGGACAUACACAACUUGUCCACGCAAGCUCACACGCAGGACGACUCCAUUAAGAAGGAGACAGUCUCUGCAACAAUAAAUAGUGUCUCAUCGCUCUCCGAAGAAAGUGUCAAAGAUGCUGGUGUCAAUAAUAUUGAAAUUUACGCUGAGCAAUACCAGAACCCAUUCUUACGUGCUAUGUUGUUCUUCUCCCUGUUCCUGGUUGCUUACGCUUACGGACUAGAUGGGAACAUCCGUUACACUUUCCAAGCAUUGGCUACUUCUUCUUACUCCGAACACUCUCUGCUGUCCACUGUUAACUGUAUCAAGACAGUCAUUGCCGCCGCAGGUCAGAUCUGGUUCGCAAGAGCCUCAGAUAUUUUUGGAAGAUUAACAAUUCUUGGUGUCUCCAUCAUUUUCUACAUCAUUGGUACCGUCAUUGAAUCGCAAGCUACCAACGUGGCAAGAUUCACUGCCGGUGGUUGUUUCUACCAAUUAGGUUACACAGGUGCUAUGUUAAUCAUCGAAAUUAUCGCUACGGAUUUCUCCAAUUUGAACUGGAGACUACUAGCAUUGUUUAUCCCAGCUUUGCCCUUCAUUAUUAACACUUGGAUCAGUGGGGACGUUACUGCCGCGGUUAAUGGGAACUGGAAAUGGGGGAUUGGUAUGUGGGCUUUCAUCUUCCCCUUAGCUUGUAUCCCUUUGGCUUGCUGUAUGCUACAUAUGAGAUACUUGGCUCACAAGAACGCCAAGGAUCGUUUGAUGCCCAGUUUCACUAUCCCCAAGGACGUCUCACGCAAGGAAUACUUCAUUGAUGUCUUCUUCUGGAGACUGGAUAUGAUCGGUCUUCUCUUGAUCGUUUGUUUCUUCGGUUGUGUGUUGAUCCCAUUUACUUUGGCUGGUGGUAUGAAAGAACAAUGGAGAACAGCCCAUAUUAUCGUUCCAGAAGUCAUUGGAUGGUGUGUCGCUUUACCACUGUACAUCCUUUGGGAAAUAAAAUUCUCCAGGCAUCCAUUGACUCCAUGGGAAUUGUUAAAGGAUAGAGGUGUAUACAGUGCCCUAAUCAUCGCCUUCUUAAUCAACUUUUGUUGGUACAUGCAAGGUGACUACAUGUACACGGUCCUUAUCGUCGCAGUACAUGAAUCUGUCAAGGCUGCUACAAGAAUUACCUCAUUAUACUCCUUCGUCUCCGUUAUCACUGGUACCAUCCUCGGUUUAUUCCUAGUAAAAUUGAGAAGAACAAAACCAUUCAUCCUGUUUGGUAUCUGUGGAUGGUUCAUCUCAUUCGGUCUAUUAAUCCACUACCGUGGUGAUUCUGGUGCUCAUGCAGGGAUCAUUGGGUCCCUGUGCUUGCUUGGGUUCUGUGCAGGUUUCUUCACGUAUACAACACAGACAUCCAUCCAGGCAACCACCAGGUCUCAUGCUAAGAUGGCAGUCAUCACAGCGCUUUAUCUUGCCUGUUACAACAUAGGUAGUUCUUUUGGGGCUGCCGUAUCUGGAGGGGUCUGGACGAAUGUACUACCUGAUAGAAUCUCCAGAGGCAUCAGUAACCAAACCCUGGCUGCUGAGGCUUAUGGUUCACCUUUUACCUUCAUUAUUACUUACACUUGGGAAACCGCGGAAAGACAGGCGGUAGUUAAGGCGUACCGUGAAACACAGAAAAUUCUGUGUAUAAUUGGGUUGGUAUUUUGUGUUCCGUUGUUGAUGGCCGCAUUAAUGCUGAGAGAUCAUAAAUUGGAGGAUGUUGUCGCCCUUGAUCAAAUGUCAGAAAAGGUAGUUGAAGAUGACGACCCAAUCUUUGCAUUUUUAAAGAAGUGCAUCCCAUUUUACAACAAAAAGAAUGGUGAAACUUCUACUGUCACCACAUCUACCGACGGUAAUGAUGUUGUUGAAAUGGUAUAG